CCCGUCGAAAAACAUUCCUUCGCAGAUGCUCCCGAGGGAAUUUGUUUACGUUGGCCUCCGUGUCAUUCCCGGACAUGACUACUUUGUUUCCGGAUCCGAAACAGGGAUACAUCGCCCCUUGGAGUGUUCCGUGAUUUGAGGUGACUGAGUCCAGAAAGUUCGGGCCGAACAGAUAUGUGGGUGUGAAUGACUGCGUUCCGUGGAAUGUGAGUGGAAAUGCAGGCGUUAGAUUUAGAUCAGGAGAAGAGGGAAAGGGACAAACAGGAGUUGAGGGAUGGCCUUGCGAUGCUCGAUAGGAAAAAGGAACAGAAAGAGCGGGAUAAACAGAUCGAGAAACGUCAGCUUCGGAAAAUGUUAGACGAUGAACCGUGGCCUUGGGGUAGGCCGGGGGCAGGUGCACCCAACGCAGACACGAUCCGUAAACGCAAAGUUUUCCUGGACUCUCUUCCCGCCAUUGUAGGUCCACAAGACAUGCCAAAAGCCAAGGGAUUACAAUUGACACACGUGACAACAAUGGGAAGGCCAGGAGCUGGUGCUCCAGUAAGAAGUAAAUCAGGGAAAAUCAAAGUUCUUCGUGUUGAAGACCCGCAACUCAGGUUCCAAUUCCACGCGCCAAUUAGAAAUAUGGUUGACAAUGAUCUUAGAUAUAAACAGCCUUUCGAGGACAAGAUUGCCUACAAGAAAGAGCUAGAUCAACUAAUUGAACAGCGGAAACGGAUAAAAUCGGAGCAGAGAAAACAAAAUCAAAUACAAGACUGCAAACUUUGGUCGUGGCCAGUUCCUCCUUUUGGGUCUCCGGGCCCAGGUGGGCUUCCAUGGAGGGAUCAAAGGGAAAUUGGACAUUAUUUCCGUUACUCAUUGGGUUGGACUGAUCCAAAAUUAAUAGAGAGGAUGCAAGAAAAUAUACCGAAGCCUGACAGACCUCAGGCGGAUUAUGGCCACCCCUCCUUCGAAUCAAACAAGGAAAUGUUAUCUCUUCCAAUGCUUCCCUUGGAUAGACACUUUUUACCCCCGUCAAAAGAGGAGCUGAUAACAGGGGGCGUGGAGUUGGUCCCUCUUCUGGCCAAAAGACAGCGAAUAGCAGCGAGAUGGCCUCUCUGCUCCAGUGACAUAACUAGGAUACAGGAAAUAAGGCCACAUGAUCCCAUAAAAGAGCCCAUUUGGCGUGACACUGCGGGAGAGAAAGAAUACGGUGAAGCACUUGCACAUCAAAUAGAGGAGCAACAGCAUAGACGACAGGAGGAACGAAAUCAAGAUCUUAUGAACUCUAGGAAACAUUUUGAAAAUUGGCAAAACUUUUGGGGAAGGCCCGGCCAUGGAGCGCCAAGGAGUGUUAAAGUGAAGGAAAAUUUGGAUUACUUACUGUAUCAUCUUCCAUUGAUUACGUCGAAAGGCACUAAUAUGAUAAAAUGAAGAUUAAUUAAGAGUUUAAAUGAAUCACAAGCUAAUUACUAUUAACUUGCGUUUCAGAGGAGAUAUGAUGCUAAUGCAUGUGAGGAUAGUGGAAAAUUCAGCCCUGUUACAAUUACAGAUAGAAUAUAUAAUUCAAAAACAAACAAAAAUAUUCAAGACAUUACAUCAUCACGCAAGCCUCAUUUUUCCUAGUAAAAAAUUAUGGGACUUAUAUUUAGAGGGAGAAACUGUUAAGACUUUUUCCACUGAUGGUUAUACUGUCGUGUCUCAUUCUCAUACUUUCUGUUACCACCACUUGUGAGAAUAUUUUAGAACGAAAUUGUCGUUUCCGGCUUAUUUAUUUAUAAAAAGUUUAUUCGUUGAUUUUAAAGUUUUAAGUAUCCAAAGUUAUACGAGUCCAUUGUUUUACCGUUAAAGUUUUUAUCCUAUCGUGUGUUUGAUUGGUGAUUAAGAGUUUCCUGUUAAAACUUCAAAGAUAUUAAAGGAGUUGUUAUUUACCUGAUGUUAGUAUAUGGUCUGGAUGACUGAUAGUCUAUUGUUUCGUUUCACUGCAUAUGCGUCAGAACUUUAAGACUGCAAUUUUUUGCUGUAGUGUAUAAUCAUGUAUUGUUUUGUACAGAUAAGCUAUGUUUUUGUUUUCUUUUUUAUUAUGUAUAAAUAUAAGAAGAUAUAAGACUCCCUGUCA